AAAGAGAAAAAUAUUUCUUCAUUGGAGGCACCCUGGGAAAAUGACCGCACAUACGCGGAGAGACUAUUCAGACGUAAAUGGAAAAUGAGGUGAUUGGAGCAACGUGCGCAUUUGGAGGUUAUCCCGAGGAACCCCACAAACCAACCGUGAAAUCCAGUCUCCUGUGAUUCCUCACAACGGGACCUAUUUAUCUCCUGCAUCACACGCCUCUGCAAGCCUGCGCUGAAUCGGGAGCACACAUCUAGAGACGGUCUUCGAUGAAGAACGCUGUUUCAAUGUUCUGUCUUUAAGCUUACAAUAUUUCGUGACUUUGGCAGAGACUGAUGAUCGGGUCGCUCCUUCAGCACCUGGAUAGUUCCUGGCUGAGGAGCCGAGCAGGGCACAUGGAGUCCCUGGCGUGAUUGUAGGGGAAGCCCUUUCGCGAGCUGAGCAGGCGCGCCGUGUGUGAGUGUGCUCAAUGCCCUCCUCCUGCUCCAAAGAUGCCGUUCUCUGGAUAUUUGGUUAGUCGCAGCCUCUUCACAGCAUCUUGGUGAAGGAUGAUGCUUGCGUUACGGAUGAGGCUUUUCGGUUUUGCCCUUUAUUCGAAGCAGCAACAACAGCAGCAGCAGCAGCAACAGCAGAGGCACGGAUGCUUGGCAAAUGCUAAAGUGCCCUGGGUAGCAGCAGUAGCAGCAGCAGCAGCCUACACAGAGCCAUCCCGGAGCUUUCCUUAUACUGGUCAUUAGCAAGGGAGAUAUUACCAUCAUCAUUACGAGGGCAAGGGAGACACGAUCAAUCACUCAACAAUGUAAAACAAUAAAGAUAUUCGAGCCUUCUCUAGAAGUUUGAAUACUAUCUUCACGAACAGCCUGGCUACCCAUGAAAAUGGACAUUGAUGUUUGGUAUAAGUGACGCUUCUCCUGCAUUGUGAAUCAGGAGCUUGAGUCGGGGGGGAUAUUUCUGUGGAAAUCCAUUUGCUGUCUCAAGACACCAACAUGAGUCAAAAUCAGGCCCCACACCAGCAGGCGGGUGCGUCGGACCUGGAGGUCAUCUCGCAGCAGGUGGAGGAGGAGGCCCAGUGCAUCGCGCCGGUCCAGCUGGUCAGCUUCGCCUACAGGGACCUCCCGCUGGCCGCCCUGGACAUCUCCCUGGCCGGCUCCCAGCUCCUGUCCAACCUGGACGAGGAGGACAACAGGGAGGGGUCUAACUGGCUGAAGCCGUGCUGUGGGCGAAGGGCAGCCCUGUGGCAGGUGUGUCUGCUGAGCGCGGGCUUUAACUGCUUCCUGGUGGCCUGUGUCAUCCUGGUGGUGGUGCUCCUCACGCUAGAGCUCCUGAUCGACACCAAACUCCUGCAGUUCAACAACGCCUUCCAGUUCGCCGGCAUCAUCCACUGGAUCAGCCUUGUCAUCCUGUCCAUCUUCUUCACAGAGACUGUGUUUAGGAUCGUGGUGCUGGGGAUCUGGGAUUACAUUGAGAACAAAGUUGAGGUGUUUGACGGAGCGGUCAUUGUCCUCUCUCUGGCCCCAAUGGUGGCCUCCACAGUUGCCAACGGCCCAAGCAGCCCCUGGGACGCCAUCAGCCUCAUCAUCACCCUCCGCAUCUGGAGAGUGAAGAGGAUCAUCGACGCCUAUGUGCUGCAGGUGAAGGUGGAGAUGGAGAUGGAGAUCCAGCAGUACGAGAAGGCCAAAGCCGUGCGGGAGGAGCAGCUGGAGCGCCUCACGCAGAUCUGCCAAGAGCAGGCGUUUGAGAUCAGGCAGCUGCGGGCUCACCUGGCCCAGCAGGACCUGGACCUGGCGGCGGAGCGCGAGGCGGCCAUGCAGAUCCACCACGUGUGGGGCAAGCAGAGCAGCAGCUUCCAGGAGGUGGACGGCCUCGGCCCCGGGGGCUCGGACGGCAACGGCCGCCCCAAACCGCGAGAGCCGGGCCCAUCCACAGAUCAUGUUGCACAAGAUGACAUGAACAAUUACAUUAGUCAGUAUUACAGUGAGCCCAGCAGUGACGUGGGCAUCCCUGACCCCAGGGCUCGGGUCAUCACCACGGCGGCCAUUGACGUGCACCUGCCCAACAACCCCAGCCAGCUGCCCCCGUCGCUGGUGAGCGCCGACGCGGCGUCCGGCGGCAGCCGCCUGGAGCGCACGUGCAGCAGCUCGGUGAGCGAGGCCUCGUCGGCCGCCACCAUGUCGCGCUCCAGCUGCAGCUUCAGCGGCCGCCAGCACAGCCCCAGCAGCCAGACGCUGGGCUCCACCACCGACUGCAGCUCCACGGUGCGCGAGGCCUCCACCUCCACCGACUACAGCGCCCAGCGCUACUGCCCGCCGCCCUACUGCAGCCCGCUGGCCCAGCUCGGGGCCGGAGGCGGCCCGGGCUCAGCGGCGGGUUCGGGCACGGGCGGGCGCGACCCCAGCAGCAUGGUGAAGGAGCUGCUCUCCUCGCUGUCGGAGGACUCGUGCCUGGCGCAGAAGGGCAUGGCGGUGGACCCGGUGAACCUGAAGCUGCCCAGCCCGGCGGGCUCAGUGAAGGCCAGCCCCGAGCUGGAGCACCGGCUCAACAUCUACAACAAGCGCAACCAGGAGAGCGGCCGCGGCGUCUUCCAGACCAAGCCGCUCAUCCACCUGCAGGGCCGCGAGCCCUCGCUGGAGGAGAAGUACCGGCUCAUGGAGCCCGCCGACGCCCCCAUGGGCUCCAUGCCCGACACGUAGGGCCGCCCGCACACACGCCAGCUCACCAGCACCCACUGAGGCAGCCUCUCUCUUUCUUUCUUUCUCUCUCUCUCGCUCUCUUCCUUCCUUUCCUUUCUGCAUUGUUUGUUUAUCUUUCUCAUGUCAUUUCAUCCCGUUCACUCUCCAGUCUCAUUUUGAUUUCUCCUUCUCUUUAUUUAUCUCACUAUUUGAGCAUCCCUCGUUUUUUUUAUUUUCUCUUUUCUGGUCUGCUCUUCGUUUGCCACUCUGCUCUUUUGUCACUC